GAAGGCGACGAUUAACGCCAACGACUUAGCAGCAGAUCGCCGUUUCCACCCUGCACAAUAAAUCCAAGAGGCGCCGGAGGGAUGGCCACCGCAGGCACACUGUCGUCAUACUCCCGUCCCGACUUCCCGAGACGCCGCAUUGGAUGCUCCCUCCGCUCGAAUCUGCCGCUUUCCAUUAUCGCUGACCCAAGCAACAUUCUCUGCUUCUUGGUCCUUGCCUUCUUGGUUCGCCCUCCCGCAAUCUCUGGUUCUGGCCUCUGGGCAUCGCGGGAGUAAGGCAUUUCUUGGUUUUCCUUUCCUGAGAUGGGUCUGAGAAAGAGAAGCGCCAUGGUUGGUGAGGCAGCCGUGUUCGCCGCAUCUUGGUAGCCCUCACUCAGCAUUGGCAUCCUCUCGUUCUUGGACUUGGAGUUAACUCAGCCAUGAGGAAGCAUGGGUGGCAGCUGCCGUACCACCCUCUCCAGGUGGUUGCGAUAGCCGUGUUCUCGGCACUGGGGUUCGCCUUCUACGUCUUCUUCGUGCCGUUCGUGGGGACGAAGCCGUUCCAGAUUGUGGCCAUGGCUAUCUACACUCCAUUGAUUACAUGUGUUGUUGUGUUAUACAUAUGGUGUGCGGCAACAAAUCCUGGAGACCCAGGCAUUUUCGAUUCAACGAAGAAUUUGAAAUUAGAUAAGAAUGAAAAGCACUCCUAUGUGAAUUCGGAUCAGGGGAUUAAUCAUGGAGGAAGGCCAUUAAGUGAGACUUUUGGUACUGCUGAUAACAGUGAGAAGCUGAGCAGCAUGCUUGAGAGGAACGAUUCGCCUUCUUGGCCCAGAUUUUCUGGAAUUAUUUCCCUGGUUUGUCUCCCAUUCUCUUGCCUUUGCAAACGGUGUCUCCAUUCAGACAGUCUAUCUUCAGAACACAAAAUGUGUGAAGAAGGCAUGUUUUUCUGCAGCUUAUGCGAAGCAGAGGUUUUGAAGAACAGUAAGCAUUGUAGAGUAUGUGACAAAUGUGUUGAUGGCUUUGACCAUCACUGCAGAUGGCUUAACAAUUGCAUAGGGAAAAGGAACUACAAAGGUUUCUUUGUUCUAAUGGCUUCUGCAGUUAUCCUGUGGUUGUCGGGGGGACUUGUGUUGAUUCUCUGUAUUGUGAAGCGAGGAGAAUUCUCCAGGCAGGUUGUCACAAAGUUGGGAAGCAGCUUCUCAACAGUGGCUUUUGUAAUUGUUGUGGCAACUUGCACCAUUUUAGCAAUGGUUGCAACCGUACCACUUGCCCAGCUUUUAUGUUUUCAUGUCCUUCUUGUAAAAAAGGGAAUUAGCACAUAUGAUUACAUCAUAGCUUUGAGGGAGCACGAGGAACAACAAGAGGUUCCUGGACACCAAAGCCCGCAGAUGUCUAUUGUUAGUUCUGUUACUGGUUUUAGCACAGCCAGUUCUUUUGGGCCUCUUCAUCGUGGUUCAUGGUGCACUCCACCAAGAUUAUUCCUGGAAGACCAGUUCGAUGCCAUUCCUCCAGAGAUUGGCAUUUCACGGAAUUCAGGCAGUAAGAAAACUAAGGAAGAGGAAGGAGCAAGGAGAAAAGCUGGAGCAGUGAAAAUCAGUCCAUGGACAUUGGCGCGGCUUAAUGCAGAGGAAGUCUCAAAGGCAGCCGCGGAGGCAAGGAAGAAAUCCAAAAUCCUGAAACCAGUUGGAAAACAUGGCGCCCCAGAGAACAGCAGCAAACCAGACCAUUUGCCUAGCUACAAGAGACGGCUAGACAGGAGAGGUUUCCCUGCUGAACUCUCUCUUGACCCACUUGCAACUCUAUCUGCAAGCGGCACCGAAAGCAACUACAGCGACGCAGCAACAGAAAUCUGUGGCAGUCUAGCCCCGUUACAGCUCGAAGCGAGAAGUGCUUUCCAACCGAGUACUGCAGCGUCCACAAGAAAUGUUGCUUCAUCGCCUGAAAGUAGCUUUGACUCACCAAAUCUCCACCCCUUCCGCACUUCCUCGGCCACAGCUGAUGAGAUGCAGGGAGCCAUGAUGCAUACAGCUCACAGGGGCAUCGAGUUUAAAAGAUCGUCAAGCGAUGGUUAUGAAGCAUCAGGAGGUGAAGAUAGCGACCGCAUCCCUUCAAGGAUCGUGCACAGGUCGUCAAACUGGGCCAGUGUCUUUCUGCAUUCUGGUCAGGGAGACCCUCCAGCUGAUCUGCUGACGACAUCAGCUGAAGGUUUUGUAGCUAACGACUCUGGUUCCUAGAGCAGGCAUUGCUGGGUAUGACAGAGCGAUGUUGACAAGACAUUGACUAGUAUCUGGCAUUAGGUUUAGGUUUAGGCGCUUAAUUUGUCUGAUUACAUGCGGGGAUUUGGAUUAGUUCUAGGGGCCGAUUACAUGUCUGUAAAACUGCCUUCUUGCUGGUGCCACUUUUUUGGCAUUCCAUUGUCGCCUUCGGCAAAAUGUGAAUUUGACGCCAUUGUGCUUGCUGAGCUUGAUCCAAAGUACUGUCGCUGAGUAGUCUUUUGUAAUCACAUCCGAGUGAGAUUAAUAAGGUGUUUGGCUCGGCAAUUA